GGCAAGUAGUGGGGGACCCACAUUCUCCCGAAUUCGCUGUUUUUAUUUUUUUUCUAUCUAACAGUUCGCAACAAAUCGGAGAGGAGAGAACAGAGAAAGAAAGUUCUCAACCUCUUUCAAUGGCGUCCGUCGUGAUCGAAGCCUGCACGAGGAGGAGGAAGAGGAGCCGGCGGGGGCCGUAUCCGUUCGAGAAGUUCGCGGCGCCGGGAACCGUCGACGGACUCAGCGGCGGCGUGUUCAGAGACGACGUCCGUUUGUUCCUCCAGGAAUUCGCAGGGGUUGAGGACUACUCCGUCGCCGGAAUGCCUGUUUGGUCUGUCUGGCUCGUAGAAUCGUCUAAUGGAGCUUUGUUCCCUCUCUAUAUUGUUGAAGAAUCCGUUCAGUGCUCUCCCGAUCCUUUCUGCGACUACUGCAAAUUUGCAGGCUGGGGUCACCAUUUCGUGUCGAAGAGAAGGUACCACUUCAUAAUUCCUGCAAAUGCGAACUGGGAGAAGCCUCUGGGAAGCGAUUGCUUGCAGAUCGAGGCUCCUCAUACACUACACGGGAUGAUUCACUGCAACGGAUAUGGGCAUUUGCUAUGCAUCAACGCUCUCUCCAGAGAGGAAUCACAUUCAAAUCUGCGAGGAACUGAUUUCAUGGACUUCUGGGAUCGCCUCUGCACCGCCCUGAAAACCAGAAAUGUGUCUGUGUUUGACGUUUCUAUGAAGGGAGGGAUGGAUUUGAGAUUACUUCACGGGGUAACUUAUGGGAUGUCUUGGUUUGGAAAGUGGGGCUACAAAUUUAACAGGGGAAGCUUUGGGGUGACAGAGCAGAUUUACCAGAAAGCUAUCGAGAAUCUUCAAUCCUUGGGACUUGAUAAGAUCCUGAACGAUUUCCAGAAACUCUGUCCAGGAAGAAGACGGAAGAUCAAACAAGUCAUUGAAAAGUACAGGGAAAUGAGCGAGGAGACAUUGAUCACAAUCAGUGAGCUCUUGCAGUUCAUCAUGCGUUCUUCCGCCUUCACAACUCACCAGAUUCAGAAGACUAAUAAUAACAAGUCAAUGCCCGGAGCUGGAAAACACAAUAAUGCUUAUGAAUGUGACCCCAUCCCUGCAGAAGGGUUUCUGAAUAUGCUGGCUAAGAGCGAUUGCAGGUGGUCUUUGAAGAGGCUAGAGAUGGUUUUGUGUACAAUUGUGGACCUUCUGAAAGAGAGAUGCGGCGGGAUGAUGACGAGGCAAGAACUGAGAGACCGGGCGAGACUCUGCAUCGGAGACACCGGUCUGAUCGACUAUGUGCUCAAAUCCAUCUCCUGCGUCGCUCUGGGGAAUCACACCGUUCGCCGGAGCAGAAAUCCCAUCACUAAACUGCUGGAAUUCAGCAUCGGAGGCGAAACUGAAGCUGAGAAGUUCCCAUUCCUAGAGGGGGUGGUUCACCCGUCGUCUACCAGACACCCUUCGACCAAGAGGGUCGAGUUCCUCGCCCCCUGCGGCAACAAUGUAGCCAGCGGCGACAUUUACGGCGACUUGAAGUUGCUCUACGACAGUGUACUCCUCGCUUAUCCCGCCGGGAGGGUUAUUCUUGACAGCAAGCAGUUCGUGAAGGAGUGGGGGUCAUUCCAAGAAGACGCUACUGCGGAGAGGAUGGCAUUGACCUGCCAAGUCCUGCCGAGUUUUGAGGAGCUGGAGACCGAGUUGACCCGGCCUCUGUCGCCGGGGGAAGUGGUGGUGGUUCCGGGGAGCAUCACGAUAGGGGAGCUGAAGAGGGUGGCUCAAUCUGCUCUGAGGGACACCUACUGCGUGAUGGAUAGGUUGGAGGUGAGGCAGGUCGGCGGGCUGAGGGGGAUGGAGGAGGAGAGGGCGGUGAUGGGGUGCGUUGGCGGCGCACACGUCUGGGUGAGAGGGCGCGGCCUGGAUUUGGAGACGGAGAUGAGGUACCAGGAUGGCGGGUCUGCGACGAACUCGAAGGUGGAGUGCAUUUGUGGGACGAGGGAGGACGACGGGGAGAGGAUGGUGGAGUGUGAAGGGUGUCAGGUGUGGCAGCACACAAGGUGUUGCUGUGGAAUUGACGACGGGGAGGAUGCUCCGGCGGUGUUUCUCUGCCGUGACUGUGCUGCUGCAGUACUUGCUGGUGGGAUUGGGAAUAGAUUAUUAUAAGAACUCAAGUGUUUAUUAAGAAUUAACUGUAAUACACAUUGAUUAUUGCGGAGAAUCAUAUCAUAUCAUCACUUGUAAUACUACUAAUCUUAUUGUUAUUAUUACAAACCACAGAGUGCAGAGUUUUUGGUUAUUUCUUCAUAAGUUUUCAUAAGUUACAUUAGUGAAACCAAAUGAAUUCCACGCUUUGACUUCUCUUUCCAUUCCGUUUUGAGCUUCAGGGCACGUACAACCGCGCCGGGCUUGGCAACAACUUUAUUAUUUAGAUUUAACGUUUUUUAAAAUUAAUCAAUAUCUUUAAAAAAU